AUGAGCGGUGAGGUCACCACAACGGUGUCUUCAACGCCGGAAGUGGGUCGACGAUUCUAUCGAACAAAUGAAACGCCGCCAUUAGCAACACUGAUUCUCAGCGGUAUUCAGCAAAUAAUGGUUUGUGUUAGCGCUUUGUUAACCAUCCCAUUUAUCAUUUCAAAUGAACUUUGUCCUGGGAAAGAUCUGUAUUAUUUUCGCGUAAAACUAAUCUCGUCAACAUUUAUUGUUAGUGGAAUAUCAACAAUAAUUCAGACUGCACUUGGAAUGAGGCAUGUUUCAGCCUUUAAUUUGGACAGUUUUUUGUUAGCCUUAUUGCAAGGUACUGCUUUUGCAUAUGUUCCAUCAAUACAGGCGUUUAUGCAACUUGAGGAAUAUAAAUGCAAGGCUGCUGAUGAUGACGAUGUUUCGAAAGCUGUAUACGGUGAAAAAAUGGCUAUUGUAGGUUUUCAUAGCUGCCACUUUUUUCGAACUUUUUAUAGCCGUACAAUCUCCUCGUGAGU